AUGUUUGGACUGUGGCGUGUGGCGCGACCUGGUAUGGGAAUAGCAAGGAUCCAGUGCACCCAUGAUGUGUUGUCGAUGCCUUUCAGGACGGCAGUGGUGGCCGUGGUGGCAAGCGGCUGGGAUUUUGUUGCUCAAGUAACGCACAGUAGUGACUUCGUGAGAGCGUUGCUGCUUAUUCUACCACAAUUAGCCCUGCUUGCUAUCAUCGGAAUUCAGUUCUUUUCGGCUGUCGACUUGCGCAUUCGUAGACGUGCACAUAUCAUUAUCUCGCUGUCACUUUUAGUUCCAGUACUUUCCGUCGCUACUGUCCAUUCUGGCUUCCGAAUGGGCAUCAGUCUAUGUUGUUGUUGCCGUUCAUUCUGCCCAAUCACUUUUACGGCUAAUUCGAACCCGGACUCCGCCGCAUGUGGACUCGUCGUGACUAACUGUUAUAUGGCAUUCAUCCGCAAAAUGGUUCAUUUCUACGGCAUAACAAGCUCAUUGUCCGUUCUGGCUGCAGCUACUUUUGAUAUGAUAAUGUGCACUAAUCAUCAAACCUCCGCACGCACAACUUGCUCACAAUUUCUAUCCAAGACACGUCAUGAAUCCAUUCAAUUCCAAUAA